AUGCUUAUUAUUGUAAAUAGUGCAGACAGUAUUGAUCACAAGUUGAUAAUUAAGAAAGAUUUUCUUUCUGGAGUUAAAUCAGCCGAAUUUUCUGUUUAUGAUGAGAAAGAACAACAGCUCAAAUAUCGUAUUGAAUCUCGUCUUCUUCCCAAACAUAAUAAUAAAAUUGUUGCUUAUCCAUCGAAAAAAGUCAUAGCCAAAUUGACAGGUCAAUGGUCAUUGUUGACUUAUUCUGCUACUAUUUCUAUUCUCGAUCCACGAUUAAAUAUAUGGAUUGAUGGUAAUAUUACAGAUAUUGGUGGUUUAUCUGCUUAUGAAUACAUUAUUUAUUGGAAUGAUGAGCUUAUAUCUAUAAAAAAUCCAUCAUCUUCUUCUUUCAUUAAAUUUUAUGAUAAAAUGGAAAAAAUUGAUCUGGCUCGAUUCAAAAAACAACGCGCAUUAUUGAAACCGUCGAAAUACGAUUUAGAAGUGUUAUCGGAUAAAUAUCCUGAUGUAUUGUAUUUGCUUGGACUUACCGUUUGGGAUCAGGAUUACUCACAAUUUAAUAGAGGCAAAAAAUGA